CAAGCUUCUCUGCUGGGUUGGUUGUUUCUUACUGGCUUCUGCUUUUGAGCUUCAGCUUCUUGUGAACUGUUAAAGCUUACACCUUUUUAUAUAUUAGAGUGUUGUGGUGUGGUUUUCACUUACAAUGGGAGAAAAAAACUGUGAUAGCUGCAGAUCGUGGGUGGACGAAAUUUACUGGACCCAUUUUCAAUUCCUGCAGUUCGCUCAAUUUCUCCGUGGCAGUUACGAUCAACAACUUGCACUCCCUAAAACAUUUUCAGAUAAUUUAAAGAAGAAGCUGCCAGGAAAUGUGACCCUUAGAGGUCCUGGUGGGAUUGUGUGGAAUAUAGGAUUGAUGACUAGAGAUGAUACCUUGUACUUCACGAAUGGUUGGCAACAAUUUGUGAAGGAUCACUCUCUGAAAGAGAAUGAUUUCCUUGUCUUCAAGUACAAUGGUGAAUCUUUGUUUGAUGUUUUAAUAUUUGAUGGGGAGAGCUACUGUGAGAAGGCAGCUUCUUAUUUUGUUCGAAAAUGUGGGCAUGCUGAAGAUUGGGGUGGAUGUUUCAGCAAGAGAAGAGAUGUAGAUAAUUCCUUGAAAGAAGUUAAUACCCCUUCUAAUGCUGGUGUUGAAUGUGCUUAUCCUAAAAAAUAUGUAUCCUGGGUGGAGGACAUUUACUGGACCCAUUUUCAAUUUCUCCAUUUCACCCAAUUUCUCGGUCCUGGUUAUGUUCAAUGCCUUGCGCUUCCCAAAACAUUCUCACAUAAUCUGAAGAAGAAGUUGCCGGAAAAUGUGGCCCUUAGGGGUCCUGGUGGCGUUGUGUGGAAUAUAGGACUGACAACUAGAGAUGAUACCUUGUAUUUCACGCAGGGUUGGCAACAAUUUGUGAAAGAUCACUCUUUGAAAGAGAAUGAUUUCCUAGUCUUUAAGUACAAUGGUGAUUCUUUGUUCGAUGUUUUAAUAUUUGAUGGGCAGAGCUGUUGUGAGAAGGCAGCUUCUUAUUUUGUUCGAAAAAUUGGGCAUGCUGAAGAUGAAGGUGGAUGUUCCACCAAGAAGAGAAACACAGAUAAUUCCUUGGAGGAAGAUGGUGAAAAGACUUAUACUGGUGGUGUUGAAUCUGCUUGCCCUGAGGAAGUUGAAGUUAUGGCUGAUGUGGUCACCGACCCGCCAGCAGCUACUCCCUUGAAAACUACCGGUAAAAGGACCAAGAAGCUAGUUUCUGCUAUUAAGCAUGUCCAGACUAAGCGGAGAGGAAAAACACCAAAAGCAUCUACUUCUCUUGAGGGAGCAUUGAACUGGGUGACUGAAGCUGACUCUGCAUCUGUGGGUAAAAUUGGGACAAGUGAAUUAUAUACAUCAAAUAGAAGACCUAUCACAGAAGAUGAGAAGAAAAAUGCGCUCGAGUUGGCCCAGGCAGCAAGUUCAAAUGACGGUUUUUAUGUAGUUAUGCGACCCACACAUGUAUACAAGAGAUUCUUCUUGUCAAUCCCAAAUAAGUGGAUGAAUGAACAUUUCUCUCCAAGAUCUCAAGAUGUGAUAUUACGCAUCAUGGGUAAGGCUGAAUGGAUUGUCAAAUAUACCUAUAUUGCUAAUCGUCGUAACGGAGGACUUACUGGUGGGUGGAAACAUUUUGUUCUGGAUAAUAACCUUGAAGAGUUUGAUGUCUGUGUGUUUAAACUAGGAGGCCAACUCAACAACACAAUGAUCUUGGAGGUGGACAUUUUUAGAGUUGUUGAGGAGAUUGCACCUCUGACUGCUGUGAAUUCUCCAAGGGGUAGGAAAAAACUAACUUAAGACCAUGCAGACGUAGAAAUUUGCUCCAUCUAUUAGGGUAUUUCUAUGCAGACGUAGAAAUUUGCUCUAUCUAUUAGGGUAUUUCUAUUGCCUUAGGAAGUUUAUUGUUGGAAUGCAUUGUAAGUUGACAGUUGCCUUAGCAGACAAGUUAAUCUCUAAUGUGUAUAAGUCUGGAUGGAUAUUAUGUUGGAUUGUUUAACUUCAUGUAUCAUCUA